UGCGACAUCCUGGAUGGUCUACCGUUUCCGGAUAACACGUUUGAUUUUGUUCGACAAGCAUUUAUCAUAAUUUGUAUGAAUUGGCGAUUAUGGAAAGAGAAAGUGGUGAAAGAACUAAUACGAGUAACUAAGCCCGGAGGAUAUAUCGAAAUUAUGGAUAUAAACCAUGAAAUCAUAAAUCCGGGCAUAGUAAGCGAAAAAAUUGACGAUUGUUUAGAGGAACAUUUUCGUAAAGCCGGAAUUAAUCGAACGUCCGGUACGGAUGUAAUAGAAACAUUUAAUGAGUUCAAGGAUAAAGUGAUUGUAGCUCCAAUAGAAGAAAGAACAUACUGCUAUGGGAAGAAAGCAGGUAGAAUAGGUGAAGCGUUAUUGAAAUCUAUAUUAGAGGCAUAUAGAGCAAUAAAAAUUAGUUUUAUUCAUAUUAUGAGGAUUACAGAAGAAGAAUUCGAACAGACGUUAAUUGGUUUUGAGAAGGAAUGUAAUGAAAUCACGCACCGUAAAACACGAUACCGUGCCAUUAUUCAAAAACGUUUAGACAGCGGUUGA